AUGAAGACUGGCAUCCUGAUUAUGUUCCUUUGGGGGUUAUCCUGUGCUCUCCCAGUAACCAGGUAUCAAAAUACUGAAACGGAGAGCUCUGAAGAAUGGAAGGAUCAUUUGGCUCAGUCACCAACACCACCCACGGAGAACAGUGAGUCAUCAGAAGAAAGUAAAGUUAGCUCAGAGGAACAGGCAAAUGUGGACCCCGGUGACAGUGCCGAGCUGGAGGAUGACCUGGGCUCUGAUGAUCGUCAGUAUGCCUAUAGACCAGCUGGCGGCCUCUCUAGAAGUACAGGAAAAGAUGAUAAAGACGAUGAUGAAGAUGACAGUGGAGACGACACCUUUGGUGAUGAGGACAAUGGCCCAUGGCCUGAGGAGAGAACAGGAGGUGGAAUUUCCAGAGCCGAUGGUGAUGAUUCUGCUGAUGCCACACCAUCCAGUGAAGAGAGCACCUCACCAGAGGACAGUGACCAAGACACCACCAGCGAGAGCAGGGACCUUGAUCUCGAGGACGAUGUGGGCAGCAGGCCUGGGGGAGAGGACUUCACUCAGGAGAGCGAGAGUGAGGAGCACUGGGUGGGAGGUGGCAGUGAGGGGGAGAGUAGCCACGGGGAUGGCUCUGAGUUUGACGACGAGGGAAUGCAGAGCGAUGACCCCGACAGCACUAGGAGUGAGAGGGGCAACUCCAGAACGAGCAGUGCUGGCGUCAAAUCAAAAGAAUCAAAAAGGGACAGUGAGCAGGUAAGCACUCAGAAUUCCGGGGAGAGUCAAUUAGUGGAGUAUCCCAGUAGGAAGUUUUUCAGAAAGUCCCGGAUUUCUGAGGAAGAUGGCGGAGGUGAGCUCAACGGUAGCAACACAAUGGAAGAAGUCAAGAGUGACUCCGACUCCAAAGAGGCCGACCUCAGCCAAUCCAGGGAGGACAGCAGGAGCGAGUCUCAAGAGGACAGCAAGGAGAGUCCGUCUCAGGAAGACAGUGAAAAUGCACAGGAGCCCAGCAGUGAGUCCAGUCAGGAGGGUGACUUGGCCUCUCACGAAAGCAGCAGUGAGUCUCAGGAAGAGGUGGUGAGCGAGUCCAGGGGUGACAACCCAGAUAACGUCAGUCGUGCAGGGGACCAGGAAGACAGUGACUCCAGCCAGGAGGACAGCCUGAAUACGUUCUCCAGUUCAGAGAGCGAAUCCAGAGAACAGCAAGCUGACAGUGAGUCCAACGAGAGCCUGAAACUCUCAGAGGAAAGCCCAGAGUCCAGCGAGGAGAACAGUUCCAGUCAGGAGGGUCUCCAGUCGCAGAGCGCCUCCACAGAGAGCCAGAGUGAUGAAAGCCAGUCUGAGCAGGACAGCCAGUCUGAGGAAGAGGCUGACAGUGAUUCCCAGGACAGCAGCAGGUCAAAAGAAGAUAGCAACUCCACUGAGAGCACAUCAAGCAGUGAGGAGGAUGGCCAGCCCAAAAACAUGGAGGGCGACAGCAGAAAAUUAACAGUUGAUGCUUAUCACAACAAACCUAUCGGGGACCAAGAUGACAAUGACUGCCAGGAUGGCUACUAG